AUGGUGCUAGUCGUGGAACGUCUUGGCAAUCGUGUACUGCUUUUUGCCCGUCAUGCGCGCAAUGUCGCCAAUUUUAGUGUUUCUAAUGGUUUCUCAUAUCCAGGAGCUCGUUCACUAGAGCAAAUUGUAAAGCUAGAUCUUCUUGAGAACGAGCAUGCGCCUAAAAUUCGCAGCAUUUGGGAGGAAUUUCACGCCGACAAAGACGACGCUGUUGCGAUGACGCUAGAUGCGAUCGAGUUUCAGGCUCUCGUAACGCGUGCAACGGCAGCUCCGUACUUUGUAUUACCUGUGUACCGCCAAGAGGGAUAUUUUAAUAUGUUAUGCCAAUUUCAGCAAUCGUGUUUUCUAGUUACAUACCUCGAAGCGUUCAAAGAGAAUCCAGCAGCCGCACCACCAUGCAUUGCCGUCUCGCUGUAUAUUGAUCUACUUGAGACGAAAAAGCUUGUUUUACUUCGUGCUGAUGUCAUCAACAUGCUUGAUAAAAACGAGUCGCAGCAACUCCUUAUGCAGCUACUGACGAGCUACCAAAACGACAAGCUUUACGAACAUGUAGACAAAUUCAAUAACAAGCCCGAUCAAUUUGACUUUGAAGCCUAUCGAUUGAUGAUGAAAAAGAUAGUGAUAUGA